AUGUCAAAAUCUGAUUUACCGAAAUUAGUGACAGCUUUGUUUACAUUCAAAGGAAAAAAUAAUGAUGAGUUAUGCUUCAAAAAAGGUGAUCUCAUUAUUAUUACACAAACGGACGACGGAGGCUGGUGGGAAGGUACAUUAAAUGACAAGACUGGCUGGUUUCCAUCAAAUUAUGUUAAAGAAUAUAAAUCUCCUGAAUCUGGACAUUCCUCUACAAAAUCAUCACCAGAAAAAACGAAUCAGGAGCUUCCCGUUUAUCAAAGAGUUAAUCGAGAUAUCGUACUAAAAGAUUUGGCUGAUUCUGAGAAAGCUUUUAUCGCAGAACUUCAAAGUUUUGUUAAUACUUUUUUGGAACAAUUAGAAAUAAGUAAUGUAUUGAAAAAAGAAGAAUAUAAACAAUUGUCUGGUAAUAUAUAUGAAGUUUUAGAAACUCAUCAAAGAUUCUUAAUAAAUCUUGAAGCUGCAGUAGCUCAAGGGCCAGAUAGCAAAGUAGGAAAUUUGUUUUUAUCAGUAGCACCUAAAUUCAAGUCAGUUCAUAUGGCCUAUUGCAAUGGCCACCCACAAGCCGUUUGUAUUUUGGAUAAAUAUCGUGAUGAACUAAAUGAAUUUAUGGAACGUAAUGGAUCUGCUACUCCAGGAAUUUUAGUUUUAACAUCUGGGCUUAGUAAACCAUUCCGCCGGCUAGAAAAAUAUUCGCAUAUGCUUCAAGAAUUAGAAAGAUAUACUGGUAAAAAUCAUUCUGACCGAGGUGACACUCAACGCAGUGUAUGUGUUUAUCGCGAUAUUGCAGAACGAUGCACAAGUCUCAGAAAACAAAAAGAAUUAGCACUGCAAAUUUUGACAAGUGGUAUUAAAGGAUGGGAAGGUGAAGAAUUAACUUCACUUGGAGAAAUCUUACACGUCGGACCAGUAACAGUACUAGUUGGAGUAGAAAGACGUGAUCGAUAUUUUGUUCUAUUUCCCACAAAUUUAUUAGUCCUUAGUACGAGUUCUAGAAUGAGCUCUUUUAUUUAUGAAGGUAAACUUCCAAUAACUGGCAUAAAUGUUAUUCCAAUAGAGGACACAGAAGAUAUGAAAAAUGUUUUUGAAAUCUCUGGCCCGAUGAUUGAAAGCAUAGUAGUGUUAUGUGCACACAAAGAAGAACGCAGUCACUGGAUUGAACUAUUAACUCAGGAUCAAUCAUCUAAUUUGCUAAAAUCAUCAACAAUGUCUAAUGUGAGUUACACCAAUAGUCCAUAUAGUCGUUUAUCGAGAUUUUACGCGAAACUUGUAAGAAAAAAAAUUAUUCACCCUGAAUUGGUGAAAAAACUCCUUUACCUGCAGUAUUCUUAUAAACCUGAUUUAAGUGCUGUUAAAAUGAGAAAAUGUAAAGUAUGGUAUACAAUUUAUCCUACCCAAAGUGAUGAAUAUUUCACAGAUGAUUCCGAAAAAUUUUUCGAAAAAUCACCCGUUCAAAAAGAGAAACCUCGAGCUUUAUUAAAAUCUUCAGUUAUGUUAGAUGUACGAUAUACUUUAAAACCUAGCAAUGUUAGCGACUUAAAAAAUAAUUUAUCUUUUUCUGGUUCAUCGGCAUCUGUUGGAAACUAUGAAACUAAACGUCGAAAUUACAAACAAUCUAAAGUUGAUAUAUGCCAAAGUUUGCCGAGUACAUUUCCUUCACAUAAAGCAGAAUCUAGUUUAAGUUAUCAUCAUAAUUCAGAUAAUGACAAAGAAUUGAAAUAUUUGAAUUUAUCGUCAAAAACUUGGAAAUCUAUUGAAGCAACACGUCAAAUUGAUUGUGCAAGUCCAGAAUUUAUUUAUGUUAACCAUUUAUCGUCACAACUUACAGGUGUAUCUGAAAAUUCUUUAGAUACCAAUGCAAUUAGUUGCAAUUUAUUACCUAUAACAAGUGUUUAUUCAUCAGAUUCAGGUAUGGCUGAUAGUUAUCACAUGCCAUCAACAGAACUUACUUCUAGCUAUAAAUAUUAUUCAAACAAGUCAAAUAGAUAUGUUGAUAAAGUUCAAAUAUCUUGUCAUGAAAGUGAGAAUGAUGAACAUAAUUUUGAACAUCAAUGUAUUUGUAGUUCACCAUUCGGCUCAACUCCUAGACGUAGUGAACAGUCGGGUGAAUCUUCUGAAAGUGUUGAUGACAGUAUUAUUGUUUAUACAACAUUAACAAGCAAUGAAAAUGCUAACAAUUGCAUUGCAAGUAUAAAUCUAGAAAGUAAGAUCAAUAAAGAAGCUUCAAAAAAUGAUAAAAACAAUAUUGGUUCCUGCAAAAAUCUUGAUGAUUGCAAUAAACGAUAUACCGUACCUAUAAGAUUGGAGUCUAAAAAUAUUUAUGAAAAAGUUAAAAGAUCCGCAGUUCAAAGGCCAAAAGUAAUCCAUGUUGAUGUGAAGGAAAGUGAAAAACCGACGAACCAUCAAUCAAUCGGGAAGCUACAGAAACCACUCCCGGAAUCCUGUUCGUCACUAAAGACUAAAACUCCUUGGGGUCUAGCGUCUUUACGUCCAGCACCUCCAAUUUAUUUGAAAGCUUUUAAUAAGUCUGAUAAUAUAGAACUUAGUCGCUCACCACGAGCUGCAAGUGAACGUCAAUUUGAAGAUGAUGCAAUUAUAUUAAAAAUUAUUGAAGGUUAUUGUGUGACCGUCAACGCAAGACUUACUGUUCAUCCUGCUGUGAUAGAUAAUGAACCAUCUAACAAGAUAUGUGAUAGCGUGUCAGUUGUUAAUAGUAGAAUUGGAAUUUCGGAUUCUUGCGAUGACAGGAGCUUAUCGCAGACAGUGGAAACCUUAAAGAAUCAAGUUGAGACUUUGCAAAACCAAGUAUCACAACUUACUAAGCUAUUAGAUGAAGAAAAACAGUCACGACUGUUACUCACUAUUGCGAUGAAACGGAUUGGUGCAAUGGAUAAUUUUGUGUCUUUAUAG